AUGAAGUUCAAUAAGGCUGUCAGUUCAUCCAGUCGAAAAUCCCGUUUCAGGCACUUUAAUGCUCCAUCCCACAUCAGGCGUCGUCUCAUGAGUGCCCCGUUGUCGAAGGAGCUUCGUACUAAGUACAAAGUGCGUAGUGUGCCGAUCAGACGCGGAGACGAGGUGCAAAUUGUACGGGGCGAACGCAAGGAGAAUUCCUCCGCCAAAGUCAUCAAAGUGUACAGAAAGAAAUUUGUGAUUCACAUUGAACGUGUCCAGUGUAAUAAGAGCAAUGGCGUCUCCGUUCCAGUUAAUAUUCACCCAUCGAAUGUUGUUAUUACUAAGCUGAAACUCGACAAGGAUCGACGUAACCUCUUAGAAAGGAAAGCUGCCGCUAAACUCGCAGGUACGGAUAAAAACAAGUACACUGAAGAAGUUCUGGAGUCUUAG